AUGUCUGACACCCGAGCGAAAGAUGGUGACGAUGCACUUACUACCAAAAAGCACAUAGCAGGCAAAGGUGGUCUUCUUGCCGGCACAGUAACUAGUCAGCCAAACCCGAAGAAGGCCAAAACGACGGCUCAGGGUCCUGUGCGUGCUACAAGUUUUGGGGUAGAGUUUGAAUUUGUUCUCGCCUUCAAACAGAAGAUGCUGGAAUCUAUUUUGACCAAGUACAAUAUCGAGGCUGAUAUUGUCAAACAAUUUACAAACAAUGAGCAUCGAAGCCUACUUGGAGAAUUUACCUCGCACUAUGAUGAGAAUCGGUCACAUAAUUGUAGGCUGCGAUACCCAUCCUGGGCUCUCCAUGUGGCACAGGGCGAUGCUGUGUGCAUGAAUGGGCUUCAUCACGGGAGCUUCAUCACCAAGGUUUCCCAUGACAAGCAAUGGAUAAGGCGAUACGUGAUGGAGCCACUUCUCAUGGCCACGUCCUGCUUGAAGGAGAAAGAACUCCCGGCGAAUGUUAUCGGAUGGGUCGAGCCAGACCCUGCCCACCUCAAUACUCCUCAAAAGGCGGAAAUACAGCUCCCUGGUCAAUAUCAAAGCAUCAUGAUCCGAAAGAACCUGGUCGACUAUACAAACUGGACGUUGACAAAUGACCACACCCUGAUGGGAGCACUGCCGAGCCAGCUACGGGAGCAUCUGGAGAAGCAAGGGGUCGCGGAAGACGAAGUGGCAGACUGGGAUAGCUGCGGGAUAGAACUGGUAUCGCCUGUGUUUGAGCUGGAAGCCAAACCCAAAGCCUUUCAACAAAUCGACAAAUAUAUGAACUCUCUCACGACCAAAGACACGUCAAUUCUCGGAUCGGUGUGGGCCAGCACCCAUGUCCACAUUGGACUUGAUUUCGAUGCACCCGAAGACAUGCCCGUCCUAUUGUUACAGCACCUGGCCUAUGUUCUGGUCCUGCACGAAGACCUGCUAUCUAAAUGCCAUCCACGAAGCCGGUGUGGGAUCGAGGUUUCGAAAUCAAGUUCCGAUGAACCCGCCUGGGACGACUACGACGAUGAAGAAUUCGAUCCAGAUGCACCCUUCCCCGAACCUCCACCAUCGCCCAGCGAAGAAGAACAAGAGCAGGAGAAUGAAGCCAAUGUGCUAGCCUUCGAGGCCGAAUACACCGGAGUUGGUAAUGUCGACUCCAAUGCUCGAUACCUACGAAGCCAGCUGGCCAGCCGAAGCCCUCGACAUCAGCUUCUCGACAUCAGGGACAAAAUAUUUCAAGAACAAGGGACCAUCUUCGACUUGGUCGAGUUCCUACAACGACCAAAAAACCCUUCAGACGUACACGGGCCCAGACACCGUGGAUACAUGUACAACUUCGCCAACCUUUGGGCUCUGGCUAAGGGCGAAACGCCAUGGAAACCCAUCAAGCCAACCAUCGAAUUCCGCCAGCAUGCGUGCACGCUGGAUGCCGAAGUCGUCCGUCACUGGGUCACGCUGCUGGAAGCGACUGUGAGAGUGGCGGAGAAGAAAGCCGCAGAAACGAGGCAGUUCAACAGUUCGGUUCCGCUCGGUGGAAUGCAAUCAUUUGCCGAACGAGAGGCAAGCAAGUAUCCGACAAAGAGCACCACGGCUUGGCCUUGGCCGUACGAGACGAUGAGCAGUCUUUGUGUACAAUUUUUGGGGCUGGACGACGAAGAGGGCGAUUACUGGGAGGGCCGCUUUGAGCAGUUCAAGGACGACAGGCCCGGGGAAACAUGA